ACUAUUCUUCCUCUUUGACUGUUUCUAUGACGUAUAGUACGGAAUACGAUUAUUAUCUGAUUCGUGCUGGUUGGAACUCUUUUCAGUGUAUUUGUUGACUCAGUUAGGGUUCAUUCAAAAACUCAAUUGUGAAACGACUGCAGAUCAGGCCCUGUUUUGUGCUCCACAACUUUGUUUGUGGGUCUAAACAAUCAGAUUCGCAAAAUAUGUUAACCUUUAAUCAAUUAAAACAAGCUUAAGUAUGGCCAAGAGGAACCUUCCGCCACACCGACAUAUCUUAUCAUCGUGUAAGUUAAAUUAAGCUGACGACAACGGUUAUAAUGUAUAACUGGCAACAGAUUACACAACCACUGAUUCGUAUUCAAGAUAUCGGGAAGGAGGGAGGGCGGAGAGGCGGUUUACAAAGACCAAGAAGAUCGAUGUGGCGAGAAUACUUUGGCACAUCGUAACAAUUGUCUCCCGUGUUUGGUUCAGUCCCGAAAGCUUCUACACUUCCAGACGGACGUACCAACGGAGCUGUAAUGCUGCAAUAUGACAGGAGCAAAAUUCUAGGGAACGGCACAUUUGCUACCGUCUUUUGGGGCACUUGGAAUGGAGAGGCCGUGGCCGUCAAACGAAUCGAAAUGCACAAAUUGAAUAAAAGAUUCAAAGACAGGGAAGAGGUAGCCAUGCGACAAAUGAACCAUCAAAACGUCCUAAAACUCAAGGAAGUACAGGAAAAUGAGGAUUUUAAAUUACUAAUUCUAGAACUCUGCAUUGGAACGGUGCGUGAUUACGUCAACGACGUUAACGACGAGAAAAAGUUCAAUCAAAAGAUGCCGAUCGAGGUUGAAGCGCUGAUACAAAUGACCAAUGGGCUGGCUUACAUCCAUUCCCAGCAUUUUGUCCAUCGUGAUAUCAAACCGGAGAACGUCUUGAUAUCCUCCUCGUAUGUGUUGAAAAUCUCUGACUUUGGAGUCAGCAAGCCCACACAGCCGACCGGAAGUUUCUCAGUGACUAGUGGCCCUCAAGGAACGAAAACUUACUUUGCUCCGGAAUAUCUGCGACUAGAGCAUCAAGAAUCGCAGGAAAGAAAAAACAUCAGAGCGGACAAAUCGAUCGACAUCUUUUCUUUGGGCUGCCUCUUUUUCACUUACAUAAUGAGAAAGGGGCCGUACGCUCACCUGUUCGCAACACCAGGAAUGCAGUUCAAUUCCAAAGAAAACUACGACAUUGACGUCACUAAUAAUAUUCUCAUGGACAAAAAGUUUCUAGAAAAGAACGGACUAUCAAAGGGACACUACGCGUUUAAAAUGAUUGACGGAAUGACCAAAGCCAAGUCUGAGGAUCGCUGGGGCUUGGACGAAAAGAAAUUUGGUUCCAACUCUCAGACAGUUAUUGAAACUCUGAAACUAGAACAACGACGUCAAAAUGGACCGAAGCAGACCGUAGUGUAGAGACCCAACAUAAUUUUUUUUAAAUAACAAUUCAACUCGCAUAAUCUGAAAAUAUAAUAAUUCAGUGGCCUCACAGUGUGCUAUCUUAAUCUAACGUUUUAUCACCUAUCAUGCUUAAAGGUCAAAUUUAGAUGUACAAUUGUAAAGCCAUCCCUAUUAGAUAAGAUUGAUAUCUAGUCGUAAUGCUUUCUAAUCAGAUGACAUCGGAAAGGAGAAAACGGAGGAAUAAACGGUGCAACGUUGUGCGGCUCUGAAACAAGAACAUGGAAACAUCUGAAUCUGCAGGGAUUCAAGGAAAAGUCUUACAGUAUGACAGACAAAACAUGUUGGGGAAAGGCACGUUUGCAGCCGUCUUUUCGGGCACUCUGGAUGGACAGCCAGUCGCCGUCGAACGAAUUCUCCUGUACAAUUUGAAUAAAAAUUUCAAAACCAGGGAAGAAGCUGCCAUGAGAAUAAUGGAUCACCCCGAACGUUCUGAAACUGCUGGACGUUAGAGAAGAUGCCGAUUUCAAGUAUUUGAUACUGGAAAUUUGCAUUGGGACUGUCCGCAAUUACAUUGACGGUGAUGAAAAGUUUAGCGGUAAAAUGCCGUCCGAGAUUGAAGCUUUGUGGCAAAUGGCCAACGGGCUUGCUUACAUCCAUUCCAAAGAUAUUGUCCAUUGAGAUAUCAAGCCAGACAACGUGCUCAUUUCUUCCUCGUUCGCUCUUAAAAUCUCCGACUUUGGUGUCAGCAAACCCACCCAACCAACCGGAAGUUUCUCUUCAAACAGCGGCGCCAAAGGAACCAGGAUUUACUACGCUCCGGAGCUAUCUGCGACUGGAAGACAAGACCCUCUCCCCGGAAGAGAAGAAAACCAUCAGAGCGGACAAAUCGAUCGACAUCUUUUCUUUGGGUUGCCUCUUUUUCAAUUACAUAACCAGAAAAAGCCCUUACAAUUAUGUGUUCGCCACGCCCAAAAAGCAAUACUACUCCAUUGACGAUUUCACCAGUGACGUCACCACCAACAUCCGCAAUGGGAAAAAAUUUCUAAAAGACAAUGGACUACCCAGUGGGCACUACGCUUUUAAAAUGAUUGACGGAAUGACCAAAGCCGAUUCCAAAGAUCGUUUGGGAUCGAAUGAAAAGAAAACUAGGGUCUAACCCUGAAACAGUAAUUGAAAUUCUCAAGAAAGAAAAGAAAGAAAUGUGACACCAAUUGAAAUAAAGCAAAAAUAAGAAGAGAAAUGCACUCAAAACAAGUACCGUAACCUUUUGACCUUUGUUUUAAAAUUUUUAAAAAGUAAAUUUUACAAUGAGCGACCUCACGAAUGCAUUAUGUUUGGAUAUAUAGAACAAUCGUAACCCGGGAAACGUUGCGUGCCAUCCGUGCGGCGGACUCGACGGACCCGGCUUCCACAUAUGUGUGCGUCACACUGUAUACCUGUCUCCUGUCCCUUAAUAAAAUACUCUCAUUUAUGAGAUGGGCUUUCAAAUGCCCUGAGAGAUCAUGAAAAAAUUACCAUUCAGCCAUACCCAUAAGGGUAUUUCUGAAUUCAAGUAAUCGAUAGGCAGCCAUGUACAGGGAACGCAGGCCCUCGAAUAGAAUUCCCUGGAAAUAGUGGACAGCGGAAAAUCAAACGGAUAACUUGAUCGACAAAUUCGUGGUGGUCAGAUGCUUGACGGAAACCAGCACGUGAAAAUGAAAGCGACAAGGGUGUUCCCAGUGUUUUACGUGCUGCUACAUUCCCUCGUGAUUGCGAGUUGUGAUUGGAAAGUUGGAGGUGUCCCCGAAGGUACUGCCAGUCAACUGUCAAAGCCGCGCAAUCAUUUACAAGGAAAGGAAUUGCAAAUCGUUGCAGGCCAUUUUCCACCACCGAUUGUAAUUUCAAGAAAUUCUUCCGGACAAGUAAUUGGAUAUUCUGGCGUGUUGGUUCACCAACUCCUCUACCUCUCCCAGAGUUUAAAAUUCACGUACAAAAUAUUUCCAGCGGCGGUUAACACAAAUGGAGUCAAAAUCAACGGAACUUGGAAUGGCAUAAUAGGAACUCUUCUAAGAGAAGAAGCCGACUUGGGUCUAGUGCCGGUAGCUAUUUCUCUAGAACGGUACCAAGCUAUUGACUUUUGCGGAUUGGUUGGUGGGGACUUCACCGGCCUUUUAGUCAAAUAUCCUACCUCUGCCGUUUCCUAUACUGCCACCAUCGACGUGUUCACUAUUGGAACCUGGUUCGGAUUCAUAAUAUGUGCAACCGUUAUUGCCGGAUUUUAUCUCAUACUGACCUUCAUGGCCAAAAAAUUACUCGAGUCUCUGGCACUUGUCGAACGUAUCGCAGCAAACGCCAGAGUAGUUGCAAACGGAGGAGGCUCUCGAUUCGGCCAGUGGUCGCAACACCUUCUACUCUUCACCUGGAGUCUGGUAGCUUUCGUCUUCGUCAAAACCUACACUUCCACUUUAACGUCCCAUUACUUGUCGACGAUCUACAAAAGUCCGGAAAUCAAUACCUUUGCAGACCUGGCAGCUUCCACAACCUACAAGGCAACCGUCGGAGUCGGAUCAAUCCAAGAAAUUGAUUUAUUGAUGGCGAAGACGGGGGAUCUGAAACGCGUUGCUGACAAUCUGAGCAAGUGUCCAGAUUGCAGGAAAUUCAGCUUGGACGAACUGGCCUUACCCGUUUUAGAGAAGGAUCACUAUGUUGCGAUAACGCCAACGAAAGUUGGAAGAGCUUUAAUGCAAAAGUAUUCGUCCGAGAGAGGCCACUGUCGCCUCACAAUGGCGAAAGAAUUAUUUUCGUGGAAGCCCAUGUAUUUUGCUGUUCCAAAAUCCAGUCCUUAUCAGGAGGAAAUUAAUCGAGAGUCCUUAUGGUUUCAUGCUGCUGGACUACACGAUUAUUGGUAUUUUAAGCUUGAAAAGUUUCCACGGAACUGCCAGCUGAAUUACAACAACAAAGGAGUCGUGACGAAAAGAUCCAGUAGAAGCCGACUUAAACUUCAGCAAUUUUACUUGCCAUUUUUAAUUCUUUUCAGUGGUUUCAUGCUGGCCAUCGUCCAGUUUUGUCGCGAAAGAUUUAUUCAUUCGCGAUAAGGACUUAUUUUCCUUUACAAGAUACUUAGAUAGUAUGUAUAUCGCAACACUCCGUUAUUUUUAAAUACUAUAAAGUAAAAAGGACUACAUAAAACUUUAAUAGUUGUUCUUUGAUCAUUGUGUAAAAUUCAAAAUAUGUUAAUUAUUAUUUCUGUAUACAUCAUCAGUUUAAGCCUUAUAUUGUAUAUACGCUGGUACAGGUUGUUUACUGGGCUUAAGUUGGAGUCAAAUAAAGACAAAA